UACCUGCUAGUCACGUGUGCAUAUGGCAGAAUCCUGCGCAGGGUCAGCAGCGGACAGGGAAGGUGACAGGCACCAGAACAGUGGCACUGAGCCCUGAUGGAGGAGGAGAAGAAUAAACCGGAGGAUGAGCUCGGUUAUCAUUUGUUCCCGGAGAGACACAAUGGUGUACAGAAGAUCGGCUUGUUAUCCAAAGGUCUGCUUACUUUCAACCACAAAUGCCAAGUGAUGCUCAAGAUCGCUCUUGAUACAAGUCCUUAUGCUAAGCUGCUUUUGGAUGCCAUGAAACAGUCAGGCUGCACCGUGUACAAAGACCGGCACUUCUCAUGUGAAGAAUGUGAUGGCUCAGUGAGUGGAGGGUUUGAUGCAGCUACAUCUGAGAUUGUUUUGUGUCAGAACAACAUUCGCCAGCAGUCGCACAUGAAUCGUGUUGUUACACAUGAAUUAAUUCACGCAUUUGAUCACUGUCGAGCACAUGUUGAUUGGUUCAACAACGUCAAGCAUUUAGCCUGCUCUGAGAUAAGGGCUGCUAAUCUAAGUGGUGACUGCUCACUUGGUAAUGAGCUUACUCGGUUUAAAUUUGGUGUUAAAGAGCAUCACCAGGUGUGUGUCCGAGACCGAGCUCUUCGUUCUAUAUUGGCUGUAAGAAAAGUUAGUCGAGAAGAUGCAGAAAAGGCUGUGGAUGAAGUUUUUGAUUCCUGCUUUAAUGAUCAUGAACCAUUUGGUCGAAUUCCUCAUAGUAAAAAGGAUGCUAAAUAUGCCUAUAGAGAUUUUCAAAAUCGAGACCGAUAUUAUGCAAAUCUAUGAAAAAUAAAUGACUACAUCUUAUGAACACCGAAGAUCUGGAUCUGUGUUAUUGAUGACAAGUUUGUGUGUGUUCUGACUCUCCCAGAUACAUCUAAGCAUUUAAAUAUAGCUGAGGGAGUGUUGUAAUAAGCAGCCAUUUACACCUGAAAAGAUAAGGGCCACACAGGAAAAGUAAAACUCCAGUGAGUCCUUGAUUAACCAUCUGUAGGCAUUCUAAUGGAGAGUUUGGUUUGUUGUGUUAAAAAUUGAAUACAUACAGUGGGAUAUUUUUUCAAAAAGAACAGGCUAACAUUGAAAGGUAAAACCUCAAGUUCAUGAGUUCCUGUCCCAACUUUGCCUCAAUUGAAUUAUUUAAAAAAAAAAAAAUCAGGUGUGUUGUUUGGGUCUAUUCAAACUGACAGCCGGAAAUUUCCAUUACACUAGUGAUAAAAUAUAUUGCAGGAGACAGGUACAAGAAGAAAGAAGCUUUUUGUUUUCUAUCUUUAAUAUUAAGUGGACUAGUAACUAUCUCUCGCUGGCUGGUAAACUAGUGAUAUUUUCUCAUCCCUGUAUAUAAAUUGUACAUAUAAGCCUUACCCAGUUAAAGGGACACUGAACCCAAUUUUUUUUCUUUUGUGAUUCAGAUAGAGCAUGCAAUUUUAGGCAACUUUCUAAUUUACUCCUAUUAGCAAAUGUUCUUCAUUCUCUUGGUAUCUUUAUUUGAAAAGCAAGGAUGUAAGUUUAGAUGCCGGCCCAUUUUGGUGAACAACCUGGGUUGUUCUUGCUGAUUGGUGGAUAAAUUCAUCCACCAAUAAACAAGUGCUGUCCAAGGUUCUGGACUUUCUUUUUCAAAUAAAAAUAGCAAGAGAACGAAUAAAAAUUGAUAAUAGGAGUAAAUUAGAAAGUUGUUUAAAAUUGCAUGCUCUUUCUGAAUCACAAAAGAAAAAAUGCGGGUUCAGUGUCCCUUUAAGCAAGAUUGUACUCUGCUAUUACAAUACCAGAUCAAUUUUCAGCUUUAGAAUAUUAGGCAUUUGUUUUUAAAUCCUCACUUAUGUGUGAAACUAUGCCACAUUUGUGCCCUGACUAAGUACUAACCAGUCAUUUACAGCAACGUUUCUCAGUUCGAGACCUCAAGAAGCCCAAGCCAGAUUUUAAAGCGUUUCCCUUCUAAGGCUGUUCAUUAGUUCAAUCAUCAUAACUGUUUCACCUGUGCUCGGGUAGGGAAAUUAUUUAAACCUGGUCUCUUAUGGAGUCCUUGAGGGCUGGAACUGAGUGACACAGCAUGUGCAUACAGUGGUAUAACAUCAAAUUAUUCAUUAGAUGGAUAUUACACAGCUAAGGUUGAUACAGAAUAUUCUUUAAUCAAGCACACAUGACUGAGUAAUUUGAAAUCCUGAUCAUUCACCAUUUCUUCCAGAAUAAUACCUAUUGAAAAUGUUUGCAAUCAGGCCAAAAUACAUAACUUGUAGCAAGUUUAAAUAUGUUUUGUGAAAUUACUUAUUUUACUAUCAACAAAAAAAAAAAAAAAAAAAACAUUUUGCUCUAGACAUACUUGUGUUAAAUCUUCUACAGUUUAAAAAAAUGCUUCAAAUUAGAGCCAAUCAGCGUAAUUAGGUAUAAUAUUCAGCGGUGAGACAAGGUAAACUAAAGCCAUAAUACAUGUUAAAUUUGAAAACCUACAGGUGAAGACUGUUGCUUUCAAGGCAGUCAACUAGCUCAUUCUGUAGCAGUGUCACAAAAAGGCUACAAGACCAUCUCAUUGACUUUUUAUUGAGAAGUCAUAUGGAGCUAGCACAAAACUGCAUACAUUUUGUUCCUUUGUAGCUCUGUGUUGUGAGGGGUGAGUGUAGGAGAGCAGUUGUUGGCUUUAUUAUGAAAAAGGGCCAAUGGGGUCAUAUAGGGAAUGGGCAAAUCUGUUCUAAAACCAGUGUUAUUCUUCCUUGAAACUUUAUAUCAUCUGCAUUUUGGAAAUGUGGCUAAGAGUAAAGAGCAGUGUAUAACUUAUUAUGUGUUUGUCUUUAAGGUGUAUAACAUUGUUUAUUUUAUGUACUCUGAAAUUAGUGCUUUCAAUCAACUUAAAUAUUUCAAACUGUAAAUAAUGUUUUGUAUAUUUUAUAAAAACAGAUUAUUAAAUUGAAAACUGAUUUAUCA